AUGGAGGGGCCUCAUCUCGAUCGCGUGUGCCUCGUCACGGUUGGUGCGACCACGGGUUUUGGAAAACUUGUUGAAUCGGUACUUCAGCCAAGUUUCUGGCAAUACAUGAAUUCACAGAGGUUCACCCAGCUGCGCGUGCAGUGCGGCCCUGACCUUGCCUGGGCGAGCAAACAACUUGCCGGUCGCAAAGUUAAUAUUCCAUCGGGUCUACGUAUCGACCUAUUUGCCUCCAAAAAAAAUCUCAUGAAGGAGGAAAUGUCUUUAUGCAAGGACGCUGAUGGCAAGAGACAACUUGGCCUUGUGAUAUCCCACGCUGGUACUGGAACAAUUCUUGAUGCCUGGAAGAUGGGAUUGCCUCUUAUCGUGGUACCAAAUAUACAGCUUUUGAACGAUCACCAGACUGAGAUGGCCAAAUAUCUCUCCAAGGAGGGAUAUGCAAUCAUGAGCUCUGGAAGGUAUGUAAACUUAUACCUUCAACCGAGCCUCCUUCUCAUAUUGGACAGUGCCGAGGAUCUUGAAGAAGCUAUCCAUAAGGUGGGACUUCUCUGGGAGGAGAACAAGACUCGUUGGCCUCCUCACAUUAUCCCCUCCCAACAGCCCAAGAGGCUUCGCUUGUGGGAUCUCGCCCCCGAAGAGGUCGCCAAAGAACAGAACGCCACGAUGGUGCAUGAUUAG